UUGUAGCCUUUAUUUUAUCACCUAGAUACACCUAAAAUAGAUUCAUAAAGCCGUUAACAAUAUAGUAACACGUCAAAAAUGUUGAAGAAAACAGAACAUUUGUAUAGAAGAUUACAUCCUAUAGGCCUAGUAUGUUAUUAUUAGUAGGCCUAAAUUACGAGUGAAUUUAAUUCAAAAUAUAAUUUCGAAGUGAUCUAAUUGUAUUUGCAAAUUUUGGUUAAAUGUCUGAUUAACACAUAAUUGCAAGCAACAUGUGAUGCGAAUGAAAUGAUAUGAUGCAUGACAAACAGGGAGAGCAGCAUCCUGUAUCCUCUGGAAUUCUAAAUCACUUACUCGCCGCUGAUUGGCUGUUGAGUUUUGACCCUUGUUGGGAUGGACCUGUUGGAUAAAAGGAGAAUUUCUAGAGGGAUCAUGCGUAUUGCGCCGUGGAUGCCUUUGCACAAGGGACCGACUCGUAUGUGAAGAAGGGAAUAGUCUCAGAGGCACCAUGACAGGAAAGGAUGGGGCUGUUUUGUCGGAAAGUUUGAACAAAUCAAAAUCAGUGUGUGCCGCUGAGAACAGGGGAACUAACAAUCCACAUCUGUCAAAAAGCAGCACCACACAUCCGCCCAAAUGCACGGGCUUCGGCAUCCAGGAGAUCCUGGGACUAAAUAAAGAGCCGUCUUCGGCGGCUCCGCGGAGCACACUGGACUCGUUCCCUGCCGGGGCGCACCUUCUCGCCAGCAGGUCGAUGCUCGGUCCGGCUGGGGUUGGUGUUGGGGUCGGGAUGGGCUUAAUUGGCCAUGGAGGUAUUCCGUCGUUCUACAGCCAGCCCGCGUUUCUCGAGGUGCUGUCAGACGCGCAGAACGUCCAUCUACAGCCGCUCAACAGGACAGUGGGCCCGCUGGAAAAUAACCAGUCUGCCAGCUCAGAUUCAGAAGAUGUCUCUUCAAGUGAAAGGAAAAUAUCAAAGUCUUCACUGAGCCAGAGCAAGAAGAGAAAAAAGAGACGACACAGAACAAUAUUUACAUCUUACCAGCUGGAAGAACUGGAGAAGGCUUUUAACGAGGCUCAUUAUCCGGAUGUGUACGCCAGAGAAAUGCUGGCUAUGAAAACCGAGCUGCCCGAGGACAGAAUACAGGUGUGGUUCCAAAAUCGGAGGGCCAAGUGGAGAAAGCGGGAGAAGUGUUGGGGCCGUAGCAGUGUGAUGGCGGAGUACGGGCUCUACGGUGCGAUGGUGCGUCACUCCAUCCCGCUGCCUGAGUCCAUUCUGAAGUCAGCUAAAGAUGGCAUCAUGGACUCCUGUGCCCCCUGGCUUCUAGUUCAAGAUGGUUUUCCUACCACCAGCUGCUUUUCUAAACACGAAUGCCCACCAUUCUUUGCAGGGAUGCACAAGAAGUCCAUGGAGACUGUUGCAGUCCAACCAAAUGAGAAGUCAGAUGUCACUCAGAUGAAACCCACCAAUCCCAAACCGGAUGAGGCCGAGGCUGAGGAAAGGAGGACAGAGUCACCUAUGUCCAAAGAGGAACUGAGGGAGAACAGUAUUGCAGUUCUCAGAGCAAAAGCACAGGAGCACAGUGCCAAAGUGCUGGGAACAGUUUCCUCUGAGAGACUAGAGCACAAAAUGGAGACGUCGGUGACGGAGGAGAAGACCAGCGAACGGCUAGACACGAAAGAAGAGGAAAAGAGUUCUUAGAUUAUGCACUGUAAUUCAUCUCUUUGUAAUGCCAUAAAGUAGGAUUGGUGUGAAAAUAUCUGGGCUAUUUUCUCUUCCUCAUUUUUCCACGAUAACACUGGAUUCUUUUGAUUCUCAUUGAAUACUGUGGGACCUUUUAUCAUCAAAAGUGCUGUUCGCAGAAUAGCUCAAUUGAAUAAGACUAAAUGUUUGGAUAUUUAUGAUCUAAUUUCAGGUUAAAUUAAUAUUGUCAUUAUCAGAAAAUAAUUGAUCAAGACAUGAGCUUUGAAAUAACAACAUUCAGUGCUUUUCUUUUUCAUUUUGUACAGAACCGUGUCAAACUCUCAGUGGUUGUAAUAGAGUGUAUUGCUGUAUAUAUUGUAAAUUAAGAUAGCCUGCUACAGUAUUGUUUGAGCUAUACAUCAAUGUACUGUAGUCUUAUUAUGUGCUUUUUUCAUGACAUGUAAAAUGUAAUUCAAAUUAUUAAAAAAGGAUGAACAAUG